AUGCCGUCGCCACAGACGAAAGCCAUGGGCGUGGUGGACAAGCUCAGCUACGAGAUCUUCUCCCUUCUCGAGAGCAAGUUCCUCUUCGGCGCCGGCGCCGGCACGCCGGCCAGAGCAUUUCUUGACGGUGGGCGCGUGCGGAUGCUGUCCAUCGACGGCUGCGGCGCAGGCGGCGCCGAGGACGCGCUCCUGGCGGCCGCGGCGCUCGCGAGGCUCGAGUCCGGGCUGCAGGAGCAGGCCGGGGACCCCGACGCGCGCGUGGCCGACUUCUUCGACGUGGCCGCGGGCGCCGGCGCGGGGGCCGUGCUGGCCGCGAUGCUGUUCCUCAGGGGCGCCGACGGGCGGCCGCGGUACACUGCGCAGGAGGCGCUCGCGUUCGUCGCCAGCAGCGUCGGGAGGAAGGAGAAGGGCUGGGGCGGUCAGCGCGGGCGGUGGGCGAAGCUCUUCCGCGGCGCCCGUAGCGGCGGCGGCGACCGCAUGCUCCGCCGGGUGUUCGGCGACGCGACGCUCAGGGACACAGUGGCGCCGCUCCUCGUGCCGUGCUACGACCUCGCCACGGCCGCGCCGUUCGUGUUCUCGCGCGCCGACGCCGUCGAGAGCGACAGCCUCGACUUCCGCCUCCGCGACGUCUGCGCUGCUACCUGCGCCGACCGUGGCGCGCUCGCCGACGUGAGGUCCGUCGACGGCCUCACGGCCAUCGCCGCGGCGUGCGCGGGCGUGGCGGCCAUGGGCAACCCGGCCGCCGCCGCCGUUACGCACGUGCUGCACAACAAGCUGGAGUUCCCGCUCGCCACCAGCGUCGAGGACAUCCUCGUCUUCUCCAUCGGCACCGGCUCGUCCACCACCGUCUCUAGCGGGCCGAAGCCGAACACGCCAGUGCCGCCCACACGCGCACCGUCACCGCGCGAGCUUGCACGCGUCACCGCCGAGGGUGUGGCGGACAUGGCCGGCAGGAAACCGGCGCCUCUCCACGCGGAGACGGCGGCCGCUGCCGCAGAGACGAUGCUGGCGCAGCGGAACGUGGAAUCGGUGCUAUUCCGCGGGCGGAGGCUGUCGGAGCGGACGAACGCCGAGAAAGUGGACACGCUGGUCGCGGAGCUGGUCAAGGAGCAGGAGCGCCGGAGGAGCAGCCCGUUCCCUAAUGUGGCCAUCAAGCAGGUUGCUACGCCGCGGCUGUCGUCGGCGACCACCGCAUCGUCGGGCGUCGUGGGAUUCUCGCCGAUAGUCGAGUUAAUUUAG